AUGGCGGCCCCCGACGCGCCCAAGCUCCUCUGGAACCCGGACAACGUCAAGGAUGUCGCCGAGUCCGUCGGUAUCUCCAACCUAAACGACGAAGCUCAGCGCGUUCUGACCCAGGAUGUUGAGUACCGCAUCGGCCAGGUCAUCGUAGAGGCAUUGCGCUUCAUGCGAGCCUCCCGUCGAACGACCUUAACUGUCAACGACAUUAGCACCGCUCUCAAAGUCCUCAAUGUUGAGCCUCUAUAUGGCUACGACUCGACGCGCCCGCUCCGAUAUGGUGAGGCCAGCCUCGGCCCUGGGCAGCCUCUCUUCUACCUUGAGGAUGAGGAGGUAGACUUCGAAAAGCUCAUCAACGCACCCCUGCCGAAAGUGCCGCGCGAUAUGAGUUUUACUGCACACUGGCUCGCCAUUGAAGGCGUCCAACCGUCCAUCCCCCAGAACCCCACAACAGCCGAAUCACGAAGCCAAGAACUUGUCCCCAAGGGCCCCGGUGCCAACCCCGCGCUCGCAGCCCUCGCAGGAAACGACAGUCUUUCCUUCCGUCCCGCCGUUAAGCACGUUGUAUCAAAGGAACUCAUCCUCUAUUUCGAAAAGGUCCAGAACGCUUUGCUGGACGACAACCCAGACGAGGAGGUCGUGCGCCUCCGCCAGGCCGCUCUCGAAUCUGUUCGCGACGACCCAGGCUUGCACCAGCUGAUUCCCUACUUCAUAAACUUCGUUGCGAACCAGGUCACUCAUCGCCUCGACGACGUCUUCACUCUCCGCCAGGCCAUGGAGCUUACGGCCGCGCUCAUCGCCAACAAGAAGCUCUACCUCGACCCCUACGCCAACUCCAUCGCUGCCCCUGUGUUGACCUGCAUCCUCAGCCGCAAGAUUGGCUCCGAGGAUGGCGCAGACGCCAUGCGAGAACAGUACCAGCUUCGCGAGUUCUCUGCCUCGCUGCUCGGCCAGAUCGCCCGCAAGUACGCUGCCUCCAACAACCUUCUCCGCCCCAAGCUCGUGCGGACCUGCCUCAAGUUCUUCAUGGACCCCGACAAGCCACCUGCCACCCACUACGGUGCCAUCACAGGUGUGGCAUCGGCCGGCGGUCCCGAGGCAGUCCGGGUGCUCGUACUGAAGUGCCUACGAGCAUACAACGACAACAUCCUGCAGCCGCUGAAGGAGAAAGGCGAGGGCAUCGAGUUCGAGAUGCUGGUUGGCGGCAUUCUCAAGGCGAUUGCCACCAUGGUUGAGGACGAGAGGGCUCCUGUCAAUGGCAUUAACGGUAGUGCCGACAACCACGCUGCGGAGUUGAAUGAGUUUAUUGGCCCCAUCUUGGGCGAACGGCUGAACAACCUAGGCAACAGGAGACUGAUCCGACAGGUCUUGGAUGCCCGUAACAUAGAGUAG